UGUGCCUCUCUGCGAGAGUUCAAUUCUCCAGAAUUCUUUUUAACCACAGAGAUAGAUACUACGCAAAUCAUCAAAAUGGGUGACGCAGACGCUCUUCCAGAUUAUGUCCUUGACCCCAACGCCGUCUUGAACGAUAAAGAUGCUGCCUGGCGCCAUGGCGCACCCCCAGAUUACUCAAAAACAAGGGAAUUCUACGAAGAGACGAAACAAAUGACCCACGAGGCAGGCAGCCUCCCUGACCUCGUCUCCAAUCUCGUCAAAAACUGGGAGAUCGAAGCAUCCUUCAAGACUUCACUCGACGACUGGCGCACCAUCGACCACAGCAAAUAUACCUUCUCGCUGAACGGCGGACCUCCCCAGGCAGGCGACCAUAUGCUCCGAGUGGGCACUUACAACGCCCUCCUUACAUCCAACUCGUACUACGAUCCCGAGCAUAAUGAUUUCUCAACAAGUCACAAGGCGUUCAAGCGCAUGAUGCCGACGUUUGCCUGGGAGGUCUUGGAGGUGUAUAGUGGGCCUCCGGUUGUGAUCUUCAAGUGGCGGCAUUGGGGGUACAUGAAGAAUGAUUAUGUUGGGUAUAACAAUCGAGGAGAAAAGGUUACUGUCAAAGCGCAUGGUGGUCUGAUUGAUAUCCAAGGCAUCGUCAUUGCCAAGGUCAACAGUUCGCUGCAGCUGGAAAAGAUUGACGUUUGGUUUGACCCUAUGGAUAUGUUCCGCCAGAUUGCGCGAGAGGAGAAAGCUGAGGGUGAGGGCAAGGCUGCAGGGGAUGCUGCCGGGGCCGCUGCAGGCUGUCCAGUCCUAGGCCAUGGAAAUGUCUAGAAUGAGCAAGCAUUCCGAGCAAUGCAAACGAACUAAUGGACACUGCGAUGAUGUUAUUUGACAUUGUCACGGAGGAUGUCCUUGUUUUAUCUUUUUCUUAUACCAUCGCAUCACAAAUACCCAACAUACUCCAUGGUAUCGAUGCUGCAGAGCGAGACUCGUAGUAUCAUGGUUCUAUGUAGAAUCCUCAUGUGGAGUCUGACCGCUUCCCUCCAGCUUUCAUCAAGUAUAAAAAUUACUAUAGGGAA